AUGGCGUCGGCAAAGGUGAAAAUCAAGAGUCAGUUAUCGUCGAGUUUUAAAAUGCAUGGAUUAACUCUCCGGAGUGAUGCCAGCAAAUACCUCAUAGAAUUCCUGGAGACCAUUCAACCAAAUCAAAGAAUACAAUGCAUCGACAAAUUACUUGAUAUUAUUCAGAAACAGCCUUUGUCUUCUUCUCUGAUUGACCGAGCUCUUUGUGCAAAUAUUGUCCAGGAAUGUAAUGCAGGAACAGAAAAUGAUGGAGAGAAUGCCUUUUGUGUUAUUGACGCUUUCUCAGUGCCCAGAUACACAUACAGCGAGGAAAGGAAGAAAUUUAUCUUAAACAGCAAUAUGGCUCUACCUGCCCCUCUUCUUCAUGGCAACCCUUUUGAUAAAUGCAAAUUGUUUAAAGACAGAUAUUACAUGCUGUUGCAGAGGACAAUGCGACAUAAUCUAUUCACUCCACCUGCCAUCGGAAACAUAAAGGAUGGAGAAAAGAAAUUUCAACUGAAGCCAAUUGAACAUCUGCUUGGAACAUCAACCAAAAUGGGAGAAAAUAUCGUUUUAGGAAUGCUUACCCAGUUGAAAGAGGGUAAGUGGUAUUUGGAGGAUCCUAGUGGGUCUGUACAAAUCGACCUUUCACAAGCCAGUUUCCACACAGGUCUCUUUACUGAAAACUGUUUUGUGUUAGCUGAAGGUUGGCAUGAUGAUGGCAUAUUCCAUCUUUUUCUCUCUAUCCCUCUCUUUUCUUUUGGUCCCUUCCCUCUUUUUCUCUCUCUCACCUUCAUUCCUUCCAACUUUUUCUGUAUUUCAUUUUUUUUACCUUCAUACCUUUCUCCUUUUUCUCUGUCGCUUUUGACUUCAUUCUUUUAUUUUCCUCUCUAUCUCUCCUUUUCCCUUUCAUUCCCUCUUUUUUUUCUCUCUCUCUCACCUUAA